AUUAGAUAUUUUAUCAGACGUGCCGAUUUCUUGCAAGCAAGGCAAUUGCUCACUUCACUGUGUUUCAGCCUUUCUCUUGCCUGUUUGUAUUUCUACUUCCCCAGCCAUCGCGAUGCUCAUUUUGUUCCUUCAUUCUUCCUAAUCAAUUUCCAACUUCUCUGGACUUUUCUCGAUCAUUGAACCGCUGCGCCCGUUCUUAUGUCUGGCGUCUGUCACCCAUUGACACUCCCAACCCUCAACCCGCGUAUCUGAGCUACUUGCCAGCGCAUCGCUGGCUCCACUGUUCAUCAUGUCGAGCGCAGUGUAUCGCUUCGAGAUGGCCAAGACAGGCCGGGCCGGCUGUCAAAACACCCAGUGCAAGAAGGAUCAAGUCAAGAUUGAGAAAGGUGAAUUCAGAUUCGGAACUCAAGUCAUGAUCAAAGAUCAUCUCACGUGGAUGUGGAAACAUUGGGGAUGCGUCACUCCUGGGCAGAUUGCCAAUAUGCAGUCUCAGAUUGGUUCCCUCGACGAUCUAGACCUUGAUGCAGACCUUCCAGCCAUUCUCGACGGAUACGAAGAAAUCAGUAUCGAGGCCCAGGAGAAGGUCAAAUUCGCUUUGCAACAUGGCCACGUUGCUGAUGAAGAUUGGAAAGGGGAGCCAGAAUUGAAUCGACCGGGAAUGAAGGGCAUCAACAAGCGUACACCCAAGGCGAAGAAGACUGCAGACGAGGACGGCGAAACACCGGCUGCAGGAGGAGAUGAGACACCAACUAAACCCAAAGCAAAGAAAGCUCGCGCCAAGAAGGUCAAGGCCGAGGCAGACGAUGACGAGGAUGAGUUGGGCUCUCCACCACCGAAGAAGAAGUCCGCCCCUCGCAAACGCAAGGUUGCUGAGGAAGACGCAGACGAGGAAGCUGCUGAGAAGCCCAAGAAGAAGUCAAGAGCCAGAAAGGUCAAGGCUGAACCUCAAGACGAAGAGCUUGGCUCAGAUGAUCUUUUGAACGCUCCCGAGGUUCCGGCACAGAAGAAGUCAAGAGCGAAGAAGGUCAAAGAAGAAGAUCUGGACGAUGAGGAAGACGCUCCUGUUGCACCAAAAGCCAAAGCCAAGAAGUCCAAGAAAGUCAAGGCUGAGCCUGAAGUGGAAGAAGGUAUCGACAUGGAAGGUGUUGGUGGCGGAGACAACGAAUGGCUUGACCCAAACGCUCCGAUUCCGGAAGAAGAAGAAGAAGAAGAGCCUGAAGCCGCUCCAAAGAAGAAACGAGCUCCAAAGGCAAAGGCCAAGAAGACAGCAUGAGCGAUUCUCGACAGGAUCGCAUCUCUAUGACCACACGAGGGCCCGACUUUUGCGAAGCUAUGUGUAGCGAACAGAGCACUGUUGUAUUGUACAAAAGGUGGUUGAGGGAUUGACACACUUAAAUCCGAGGGAGUGAUAAGCGAGUUCAUAGCGUCGCGAGAGAUUCCCUGUACUAUUAGAGUCAUUUGCUUUAUGCUAUCAGUGAAGUCGGAUGCAUCUUGAUCGUGAGCUUGUUAAGACAACAAUGGAAUUGAGAUGCUUCAUUUUGAGCACA